AUGAAGAGGCUCUUCAACAGAAUGCCCGCAACGAAGAUCUCCCCUGUGAAGUGCAGCGUGUGCCAGAACGCGCGAGCCAAUGGGUUCCUUUACUCCGUGGAGCGAUAUGACGGCUUGGGGCAGCGGGCAGCCCACCUGAUCAUGUGCUUGGCCACAGCCCGGAGGUUUAAUCUCAACUUCGGUGGCCUUCUGCCUAACCCCGUCGGCCAAGUACAUGGAACGGAGCCUUGGGUUUAG